GUCAUAUGCAUGAAGGAGCGCGUCAGAUCUGUCCGGCUGCCUGUCUGUGGCAUCGUGCCAGCACCCGUCAAUGUCAAUGCAGCCAGUAAGCACUGACUAAGAUCUUGAUGCACAUAACCUACACGACGUCAAUCAAGGAAGCACAGCACAUCUACUAUCCCAACAAAAUUCAUCCCACCUUAUGGAAUCAGCCAAAAACGUGUGUGUGGAAAACUGUUGUGGAGCUGACUAACCUCCUUCCUUCCCAUCCAUGUGUGCCCGCAGGUGGAUAUCAGACAAACAGACAGACAGCCUGGCCCGCCAGAGUGCACCCUCUCACGCAGCACUGCCCAACGUUGCCUAAUGCCUAACCAAAAGCCUCCUAGAAAAGAGCAACGUGUGUGUGCGUCGACACACGCUGCUCAGUCACUCGUUGGUGGGCACAGCCAUGAAGCGGUCGCUAUCUCGUUGGGCGUCAUGUGUGGUGGCCAUGCUCGGACGCUCGCCGCCGCCUAUGCCUGCAGCAGCCACAUCUCCAGCUGCCGCGGCGUGCUUGUCGCUCUCUGGUGCAGCAGCUGCAUCCUGGACGACUACGUUGACCGCAUCUGGCUGAAUUCCCAGUGACACGGAGCUGGCAUGAUGGAAAAAUUCACCUUCACCGCGACCAGCUGCAAGCGGGCAAAGACAGAGGGCAAGCUUCUCUCUGUGUCUCUCUCUUGUGUCUCAUGAUCGAUGCUAGCCGAUGCUCACUGAAGUCCUCUUCGAACUGGUUCUGUUCGGUCUUGCUGAGUUCCGACGAGAGCUUGGCGAUCAGCCUGACGCGAUGCAACGUCAGACACAAAGGAAGAGAACGCAGGACAUGGUUGGCAAUCAUAACACGGUGUUGUUGCGUAUCUCCCUCCCUGGCUCACUUGUUUUGCUUCUUGCGCAGCUGCUCUGCGUAUUGGGCGAUGACCUUGUCUCCGUUCAAAAGCUUCAGCCACACGACGAAGAAGAUGAUGGCCAAUCCGAUGAUGGCCACAAUGAUGCUGCCACCAAUCGUGAGGCCAGGCUGUCCGUUCUCCUCCUCGAACAUUUGGCACAGCCCGAAAAGGGCGAAUGGAAUCAGGAAGAAAACCUGCAUACAACGCGUGCAUGCAUCUAUACACAUGUCGUCUCUUGUAUGUAUCCUGACUCGCUUACAGUGACUAUGUAGGCGAUUGGGAACCAGCGGAAGUCAGCCGUGAUUUGGCCGAGGGCAGUGGCCAUGCGGAGCGGCACACGGCGCAUCAUGGGUAUGGGGUACCAAAUGAGGAUGCCGAAUAUGUUAAAGAAGAGGUGGCACAUGGCGAUCUGCAUGCCCUCGGGCUUGUCUGACACUAACGCCGCCAUCACAGAGGUCACCGUCGUCCCAAUCUGCACGUAAGGAGUGAUAGGGAAAUGAACGUGUGACGGCCUUCGUGUGUGAGGAACUCGGCUCGCUCACGUUUGCGCCGAGUGUGAGGGGGUACAUGUGGUGGAGGUCGAUCCCACCCAGGCCCACAAGCGGCGUCAAGACAGAUGUCGUGAUCGAGCUUGACUGCACGAGAAUCGUCAAACCGCAGCCGAUCAACAUGGCCACAUAACCUACACACACGUACACAAAGGGACAGAUGGCAGAUGGAGAGUGGCUGGGCUGGAGCCUCACCCACCGUGUCCCGGAUAGGUCUGAUAGACCACGCGCUCAAACGUCUCCUUAAUGGUGCCGAUCAGGAGGUAGCGAAGCACCUUCACCUGCAGGCCAGUGACAGGGAGUUCAUCGACUUUUGCUCACAUGUAUAGUCACCAUCACUGUGAGAGCCACGAGCAACAGCACCAGACUGACGACGGCGUGAAUACCCCGUAUCGGAACUCGCCAUCCGCCCAGUGGUCGCCGGUCUCAGUGGGGCCCAGCUCCCCGUCAAUCUCAGGCGUAUGCACUUUCUGAGCACAUGAAGGGAGGGGGUGAGGUGUGCAGCAAGUGUAUGUUGUGUGUCUGUCGUAUGCGUCUCCCUGCCUGCCAGGCCAGGCCCUCGAGUAUGAGGUGGUCGACAUAGGCCGGGCUAGUGACGUUGCGCGUGGAGCAGCCCAAGGUGCCGCUGGCCACACCCUUGAUCACUUUCUUGUCGGCCACCAGAAUGUGCUUCGUCACCAUUUUGACGAUCUUGUCAAACGGACCUUCCCACUUUUCGCCCUGAUGUUGUGGAGCGGAACGACCAGACACACACAGAGACAUCCACUUCUCGCCUGCUCCAUGCAUAAAUUGACCAAUGCAUCCAUACCGAUGUGAGCUCCAUGCUAUCCUUAAUUGCAUCACUGAGGUGUUCCAAGACUCCUGAGACUAUCUCCACCGGUAGCAAGACCGCCACAGAAAGCAAAUUAAAACAGUCAUGUACCUACAAUCAUGCAUGCGCGUGCAGUGAGCGAGACACGCUCAUGACACAUUCUCUCUCUCUCUCUCUGUGUGUAUCUGUGUGACAUACCGUGGCCCCCGCGAAGGCCCGCUUAAACUCCCCAAGCUGAUGUAUCUGCCCUAGACUCACAAUGGUGUUCGUCACCGACGUACCGAUGCUGCAUGAGAGGGCGUCACGUGCAGAGAGACAGAGGAUUGAAUGUGUACCCGUCUUAGUGUGCUUACUUGGCUCCCAUGAUGACGGGGAUUGCGAUGUGGACGCUCAGAAGCCCGGAGCCGACCAGCGACACGACGAUGGAUGUUGUCGUGCUGCUGCUCUGCAGGGUCACCGUGGCCAGUAUUCCUGAUGCAUCCAUGAAGAGUCAGGCGGAAAGGAGAGGGGUUCAACCCUAGUAGUUCAUUCCAAGAGAUGCGUACCAGCUGUGAGGCCAGAGAUUGGGUUCUGAAGUUCGCUGAAGAAUUGGCCCAUCCCACAGCUGCCAAUGGUCUUGAAGCUGCAGCCGGGAGGGACAGAACCAUAUGCAGAAAUCCAUGCCUCGACAUGACGGGGCGUCACAGACGGACCUCUCUCCCAUCAGUUUGAGCGCGAUGAGGAAGAGAUAUAGGGCCCCCACGAGUACGACCAGCAGAAGGGACACCUUGAGCCACUCAAGCCACUUCUUCGUCGGCGAGGCCUCACCACCCUCAGCCUCGGCAUCAUCCGGCCGACGAACAACCUCAGAGUCCGGGGCGACGUCAGGGGCGCCUGCCUGGGGAGACUGGGCCAUUGCGGGAAGAGGAAAAUGUCAAAAUUGGG